GUUUGAAUUGUUAACCUUCUACAUUAGAAUGUUUCUGGGUUUUCAGUUAACUGACUUUUUUCAGUUUUGAAAAAGAGAUGUGUUUCUUUGCUACUUAGUUUAAACCUAAAGGCAAUUGGUUGGUAGAAAUGAAGUCUGUUGGCUUAAAAAGCGUCAAGGUUUGUGCAUCUAAAAGCUCUGUUCGCCUGGAAAGUCAGCCCUGUUCAUUAGGCCAGAGUAGAAGGAAAGUCAAACUUACAGAUAAUCGGUCAUAUACUCUUUCAAUUGGCAAUGGAGACUAUUUCUGGACAAGUAAAGACACGUUGUGGAAUUAUGUGCAGACUCUUUCUGAUCAGGGAGCAGAGAAACAUGAGGGACCGGGUCAGUCUUCUGGGAUCACUGAUCAAGAGAAGGAGUUGUCCACCAAUGCUUUCCAAGCUUUCACAGCUGGAAAUUAUGAUGUAUGUCUGCAGCAUCUUGCCUGCCUACAAGAUAUAAACAAAGAUGAUUAUAAAAUAAUUUUGAACACAGCAGUAGCUGAAUUUUUUAAAAGUAACCAAACCACAACAGAUAGUUUGAGACAAACACUUAACCAGCUGAAGAAUCAGGUCCAUUCUGCUGUUGAAGAAAUGGAUGGAUUAGAUGAUGUUGAAAAUAGCAUGUUGUAUUACAAUCAAGCAGUGAUUCUUUAUCAUCUGCGGCAGUACACAGAAGCCAUAUCAGUUGGUGAAAAACUUUAUCAGUUUAUAGAGCCUUUUGAAGAAAAAUUUGCCCAAGCAGUGUGUUUUUUGCUUGUAGACCUCUAUAUAUUAACCUACCAAGCUGAGAAAGCUUUACAUCUUCUUGCUGUUUUGGAAAAAAUGAUUUCACAGGGCAACAAUAACAAAAAUGGAAAGAAUGAGGCUGGUAAUAACACCAACAAAGACACGUCUAACCAUAAAGGUGAAAGCGGAGCUCUCAUAGAAGCUGCAAAGUCAAAGAUACAUCAGUAUAAAGUAAGAGCUUAUAUCCAAAUGAAGUCCCUGAAGGCAUGCAAAAGGGAAAUCAAGUCAGUCAUGAACACAGCUGGGAAUUCUGCACCCUCUUUGUUUCUUAAAAGCAAUUUUGAAUACUUAAGAGGCAAUUAUCGGAAAGCUGUGAAGCUCCUGAAUAGUUCAAACAUUGCUGAGCAUCCAGGAUUCAUGAAAACAGGUGAAUGCUUGAGAUGCAUGUUCUGGAAUAAUCUUGGUUGUAUCCAUUUUGCCAUGAGCAAGCACAAUUUGGGAAUUUUCUACUUUAAAAAGGCUCUGCAAGAGAAUGACAAUGUCUGUGCACAGCUUAGUGCAGGCAGCACUGAUCCAGGCAAAAAAUUUUCAGGAAGACCCAUGUGUACAUUACUAACCAACAAGAGGUAUGAGUUGCUUUAUAACUGUGGGAUUCAGCUGCUUCACAUCGGAAGGCCUCUUGCUGCGUUUGAAUGUCUGAUCGAAGCUGUUCAGGUUUAUCAUGCAAACCCCCGCCUCUGGCUACGGCUGGCAGAAUGCUGCAUUGCUGCCAAUAAGGGGACUUCUGAACAAGAAACUAAAGGUCUUCCGAGUAAAAAAGGAAUUGUGCAGUCUAUUGUUGGUCAAGGCUAUCAUCGUAAAAUAGUUCUGGCAUCACAGUCCAUACAAAAUACUGUAUAUAAUGAUGGACAGUCUUCAGCCAUUCCUGUAGCCAGCAUGGAGUUUGCAGCCAUUUGUCUCAGAAAUGCCUUGUUGCUGUUACCUGAAGAACAGCAAGAUCCGAAGCAGGAGAAUGGCUCUAAAAAUAGUAAUCAGUUAGGUGGUAACGCGGAGAGCAGCGAGAGCAGUGACACUUGCAGCAGUAAAAGCCAUGAUGGAGAUAAAUUCAUUCCGGCACCACCUUCUUCUCCAUUGAGAAAACAGGAAUUAGAAAACCUAAAAUGUUCCAUCCUUGCCUGCAGUGCUUAUGUGGCUCUGGCUUUGGGUGAUAACCUUAUGGCUUUGAAUCACGCAGAUAAACUUCUUCAGCAGCCCAAGCUGUCAGGAUCUCUGAAGUUUUUGGGCCAUUUAUAUGCUGCAGAAGCCCUCAUCUCUCUGGACAGAAUAUCUGAUGCUAUUACUCACUUGAACCCAGAAAAUGUUACUGAUGUCUCCUUAGGGAUCUCUUCAAAUGAGCAGGACCAAGGAUCAGACAAAGGUGAAAAUGAAGCAAUGGAAUCUUCUGGGAAGCGGGCCCCUCAGUGCUACCCCAGUUCUGUCAACUCAGCUCGGACCGUGAUGCUGUUCAACCUGGGCAGCGCCUACUGCCUGAGGAGCGAAUAUGACAAAGCCCGGAAGUGUCUGCACCAGGCGGCCUCGAUGAUCCAUCCUAAAGAGGUGCCCCCUGAAGCUAUCUUAUUGGCUGUCUACCUUGAGCUGCAGAAUGGUAACACCCAGCUGGCCCUACAAAUCAUCAAAAGGAAUCAGCUGCUCCCUGCAGUGAAAACACUCUCUGAAAUGAGAAAGAAGCCAGUGUUUCAGCCUGUCCACCCAAUCCAGCCCAUCCAAAUGCCAGCGUUCACUGUACAGAGAAAGUGAUAUUUUGCUCUCAGAAAACUGUUACCUGAGACCCAGGGGAGUAUUUAUGAGCCUUUUUAGUUGUAUGACAAAAUGAAUAAAAGACAGACGGUGAUGGGUGCUAGUUUUGAAGACAAAAUUUUGAAAUGAUUCUAACCCCUGAUUUUUCUUUUUUUUGCCAGAAGCUUACUUAAAAUUAAGGAUUCGCAAAUUCAUUUUCAUCUGUUUUCCCUUUAAUCUUUGCUAGACUAUUAAUUUUGAGCCAUUAUGUGAUAUAUCUGUGUCAUAGGCAAUUAAACCAUGGUCUUAUCAGAACAGUCCUGUAUAAUACAUUUUGUCUUUUUAUUGCAAUGAUUAGAGUAUUUUGGCCUCUUGAGCUUUAGAGGUAAAGUAUUAAAAAUGGGGAGAAGAGGGAGUGUCAGUCGUGGCUCAGCAAUUAACAAACCUGACUGGCAUCCAUGAGGACGAAAGUUCAAUCCCUGGCCUCACUCAGUGGGUUAAGAAUCUGGUGUCGCUGUGAGCUGUGGUAUAGGUCAAAGACAUGCCUCAGAUCCCACACUGCUGUGGCUCUGGCGUAGGCCGGCACUCACAGCUCCGAUUAGACCCCCAGCCUGGGAACCUCCAUAUGCUGCAGGUACGGUCCUAAAAAGAAAGACAAAAAAUAAUAAUAAUAAUAAAACUAAAUUAAAAUUAAAAUGGAGAGAAGAGCAUGAGCAGGAGAUGAGUAGCAAGCCCAGAAGCCGACCAGGGCAGAGGGAAGGGGAGUUGGUGUUGUGUGUGCCUAGUUAGGACUAUAAGGACCAGAAAGUGCAUAAAAAGACCCACAGGGCUAGUAAAAUUGGGUUAAGAAGAGAUGCCUGACCUGCUGGAAAUCAAUCAUUUGCUCAGAAGUUACAGAUGAAGACAAACACGGUUCAGGGCACUGGUCUUGUUCUCCCUCCUGUACCCUUAGGCAGAAGCACUGGUUGUGGAGUCUGUUAGCAAGGAAUUCAAGGUUUGUUGUGAACCCCUUUGCAAAUUCAAACAAGAAUUUAAGAGCUUCCUUCCAUGAGACAGGUAUGUGAUGGGGGGUUGACAUGGCCAAAAUUUGUCCCCAGGGUCCAUACACUAACUUCAUAGGGAAAAAACAACACACCACAAGCUUGUGUUAGCAACACUGUGCAGUCGUGUGUGGUAGACUCAGCAAAGCUUGCCAUUUAGGAUCAUCCCUUGCUCACACCAUCUCUUCUGUCCCCUACUUUGGAAACCAGGUUCACAUAGGGAAAUAUGCUAGCUGAAUCUGCGUGGGCCCUCAGUUGCACAACUGGAGAGUGGAAGGUGUUUGGAUAAGCACAUGAUUUAUCUGAAACAUUAUCUAAAUUAUUCUGCUAUUGAAAUCAAAGAGUUUACUUAGGGAUCUAUUGCAUAACUGAGUAUUUGCGGUGACGACAUUGCCCACAAAUGAUUCAGAGAAGGGGGAAUUCCUCUUCCACUUGAAUGUGGGAUGGAUGUGCACAGAGGCUCGAUCACCAUUUUGCCACAUUGCUGUUGAUAUCUAUACAAGGUAGACUCUUUCUAGGACAGUACUGACAACAGAGGUUGCCUACUUCCCUUGAGCCUCUCAGAGCCUUUUCCAAAUGAGACGGGAGCAGGACCCAUAAGCUUCACUGGUGUUGGUCAAGUCUGCAGCUGCUGCUCCCAGUCCCCGUGGUAUUCACUCAUCUGAUGCAGGACGGCAGCAGCAGCGUUUAACCUGGACAUUUUCCUGGUCAGAGUCCACACACUUCAUAAAAUGCUGGGAGAGUUCCCAUUGUGGCUCAGCAGGUUAAGAACCCAACUGGUAUCCAUGAGGAAUUGGGUUUGAUCCCUGGCCUCGCUCAGUGGGUUAAGGUUCGGUGUUGCCAGGAGCUGUAGUGUAGGUCACAGAGGCGGCUCAGAUGCCGCAUUGAUGUAUGUGGCUGUGGGUGGGCUGGCAGCUGCAGCUCCAUUUCGACCCCUAGCCUCUGGGAACUUAAAUAUGCCAUACUGGCAGCCCUAAAAAGCAAAUAAACAAACAAAUUGCUAGGGACCCACAGGGUCUCGGGUCGUAUAAGGUGGUAGAAGGCUUGUGAUUAUGCUCAAGGGCAGUAUAUCUUUGGAAGGCAGCUAUGCUCACCACUGUACCACCACCACUGCACUAGGGCAAUACAUCUUUGGAUAAAUCUCAAGAAAUUAGAUCUUGGAGUUCCCAUCGUGGUGCAGUGGUUAACAAAUCCAACUAGGAACCAUGAGGUUGCAGGUUCGAUCCCUGGCCUUGCUCAGUGGGUUAAGGAUCUGGUGUUGCCAUGAGCUGUGGUGUAGGUUGCAGACGUGGCUCAGAUCCUGCAUUACUGUGGCUCUGGCAUAGGCCAGUGGCUACAGCUCUGAUUCGACCCCUAGCCUGGGAACCUCCAUAUGCUGCAGGAGCAGCCCAAGAAAAAUGGAAAAAAGACCAAAAAAAAAAAAAAAUUAGAUCUUUCCCUGCUUGCUGGCUGGUUUGGGGGUAACUUGGAAUAGCUGUGAGGCAGAUUAGGUGUCAUGUAGCUGUGUUAAAUAGGAACACGUUUGUUGGCUGUGAAUAGCAAAAAUGGAUCCAUGAUUUAAAGGAAGAUAGUGUUUCUCUCACUUGAGAAGAGGGUACAUAGGCAGUUGGUGGCCUUGGCUGUAGUGCAUCAGGGACUUGGCUCUGUUUUUUCAUGCCACUGUCCUUAGCAUUUGGACAUUUGUCCCUGUGGUCACAGAAUGUUCCAGCAUUCCAUCUGCAUUGAAGGCAAUCAUCAGGAAUAGUCUUCCUAGGAACCCCCACCAAACCUCCGCUUCCAUCUCCUUUGUCAGGUCAAGUCUUAUAGCCAUCCUGGGCUGCAGGUGCUGGGAGAGCCCUGCGUAUCUUAAAGGGAGGCCAAGUAGGUGUUUUCCCCAUUGGAGAACCCUAUAUCUGAUGUGUUGUUACCACAUUGUGAUCCCAGCAGCCCAGCUUUGCCUUCCACAAGCGCCUUCUGCAGAUCAGGGCACAGUAAAUGUAAGCUCUUCACCUCUGGUUGGUUUUGGUUUUUUGCUUUUUAGGGCCACAGUUGUGGCAUAUGGAAGUCCCUAGGCUAGGGGUCAAAUUGGAGCUGCAGCCACCACCCUACCUCGUCUGUAGCCUAUCCCACAGGUCACAGCAACACCGGAUCCUUUAACCCACUGAGCAGGGCCAGGGAUCAAACCUGCAUCCUCAUGGAUACUAGUCGGGUUCAUUUCUGCUGAGCCAGGGAACUCCAGCUCUUCACCUCUGUGACUGGACCUCCUGAGUCUGACACCCAGGAAGGUACUCCCAGCUGUUCUUCCUGCCUGAGUGUGUUCCUGCCACCCCUGCUACCUGCCGAGAGGUUCUAGAUUUCAUAUGCCCCUGAAGUUCUUCCUAACUCUCCCAGUCCGCCCCCCCCCCCCCCCCCGCCGCCCCAAUCUCCCUGUGUCUCUCUUGAUAAGUACCUUUUCUUCUAUGGUAUAUGGUAUUCUGUAGUUUAACGGGUGCUGUAGGCAUCGAGCUCAAAGGAUGGUAUCCCAUCUGAUAGGGCUGUGAAUUCUGAGAUGAGCCUCAUUAGCUUUUGUUCAAGCUCCAGCACCCAUUCAGCAGCACCUGCAAAAUGGGGCAAGAUUCACUGCAUGGAUCUCUUCACAGACCCUAAGAGAAUGUAACUGCAGGUGUCCCCAAAACUGCAAAGCAUGAACCCUCAGCAGAGCUGGAAUGGUCUUUGAUUUUGCUCCAGCCCUUUCCUACAGGAUGGCCCUCUGCAGAGGCAGCACUUCGAGAGGCCUCUCCUGACUCACUUGCCCUGCCUUCUCAGUGUCCCCCCACCUUAGAACAGCGUGCCUGAUGUUCCCACCAUGCUGGGUCCCUUACUGACUAGUUAUACCUCUGCCCCCUUACUCAACUCAAGUGACCUGCUCUCUCUUGAGGUUUAGUUUUAUUUUGUUUGUUUUUGUAUUUUUGGCUGUGCCCACAUAAUAUGGAAGUUCCUGGGCUAGGGAUGGAACACGCACAGCAGUGACGAUGCCAGAUCCUUAACCUGCUGAACCUCCAGGCAGCUUCGAGGUUUUUAGCAGGUUUGCAAAAUGAGGGUAGCUCUCCUCUGGGCCCAGUGUGAAGAUUUAAAGUGAAAUGAUGAAUGCAAAGGGCACCCUGUAGACAUUUUAUACUGGUGAGUUCGCUUACCCUCCUGUUGCCCUGCUCAGCCCUGUCAGCCUGGACACCUCCUUCCUCUCAGCCUUACCUCUCUCUAGCUCCCACCCAUUCUCCUCCUUGAAGGCCACCUGAAGAAAAGUGACCAAUGACACUGUGGACCCUUUAGGGACUGGCUUUGAAUCUCAGCUCUCUCACUGGAACGAGCUUGAUCUGAAACAAGUUGUUUCGAUUCUUUGUGCCUCAAGUUUCUUCAUCUGUAAAACAAGGAUACCAACAGUACCUACCUCAUGGGGCUGGAAUGAGGUUUAAGGUCCUGGACAUUGUUGCAGUUGCUGGAUAUGAACUCCAAACGUUCAAAAGAGAACUCUAACGUUUAUUGUGUCACCUGAAGGAUAAUGAAAGCAGAGACUUUUCUGAACCACUGACAUUGUGGAGUUGGGGAUAGGGAGCCGGGGACUCCUCCAAGUAAGUCAUUGCUGCCUUCAUUUUGGAUAUGUCCAAUGUCUGGGGCACAGAAACAGUUCAGUAGAUACUGGCAUCCUAUGUUCUCGUCCUUUUUGUCACCUGUCUUGCCCAGGCCCCUAUUCUGUGAUGUCAAGAGGAUCCCCUCCCCUCCCCUUUCCUCCUCACAGCUGCCUGUGACUGCCCACAGCACUCUGAUUCCCACUGGGGUUUCUUCGUGGUAACAGCUCCCCUCACACAGAGGGUGUUGCCUUUAACACCCUCUGUGUUACCCAAAUUGGAAUCUCCCCAAAAAGUCAUCAUCUCCCACCCCCCAGGGCUUUGCUUCAGGCUCCUCUGCUCCCUAGAACUUGUUCUAGGAGUUCCAGUUUCAGUGUACACAUGUCCUGUCUUAUACUGCCUCUCCACCUCCCUAACUCUCCAUUCCUUCCACACAUGCUCAGCAGAGGCAUAUUCUGGGCUGGAGAGCUUUUCAGAGGAGCCCCUGGCAGAUCUUCAGGCUCAGUUUAUGUUCUGUUUUUUGUUGUCUGUUUUCUUUCCUUCCCUGGGUUGCAAGUAAUUUGAAGCCAAGGCUGUGCAUUCUACAGUGUGUGGAUUGUUCUAGGUGAACAAUAAAGUCUGCAGAACAGAA